AAGAAACCGGGGCGUUGAGAAUUACACGCAGGUUAAUCAUAGCAAGGAGUCAAUGAAUGCUGUGGCGAUUGAAAAAACAGUAAAAAUACCCUGCUCAGAAUUGGACACAACCUUGCGAAAAACUGGCUACUGGUUCGGAGAUUGCCGGGGCAAUCUUGGCAACCAAGUAUUGGUUCUGGGCACUGGGCUGAACAUGUACCUUCAGAGUGGCGCAAAGUUAGUCAUUGGAAAGUCUCACGCCGACAAAUUGAGAGCAGCUUUUGAUGUUGAAAAAAUCUGCAAAGACGAUGGAUCAACAUUUUGCAUUAUUUGGCCGCAAGGUUGCAAAAUGGAUACAGCAAGAAUGAAGUAUUAUACAAAAGAUGAUGGGUUCCUUGAAGCGGUGACCUCCAAACUCGACUUUGUUGGAAAUGCCUUCAACGCCUUCUUAUGUCCUGCUCCUUUGGGCAUACUUGCGAAUGCCUACCACAACAUGUUCAAGCAUCAGAUGCCGUUCAAAGACCCUAUAUGGUCAGGGGCCAAAUUAGUGUACGACAGUCUAAAGAAGAGCGCAGUCUGUGAUGCUGAAGACAAGAGUACUGGCUGUACAAUGGUCUUUUUGCACAUGAGAAUGGACAACUGUUAUCACAAGGGAAUGCUCAAACAUCCCGACAGAUUUCCCAACUUGUACGAUAAAACAGACUACAUACAACAAGCUACCAGACAUGCAUCCAUCACUUACAAGACUUCAACUAUAUUUGUCGUCGGCUAUAACGACCGAGAUGUGUCCACUUUUUUCAAGAACAAAGCCAAAGGCUUCGAGGGACUCAAGAUCGUUCUCACAACUCUUGAAAGAAGCAAGCUGAUCAAAGACCCAAAGACGUUUCCAG